AUCGCUCGUGAAUAUAAUUCUCAAAAUAAUUGAAACAAGGGAUAAAAAUGGUUCCAAAAAAUUAUGCAUGUUUUGUAACAAACAACUACCGUCGAAGAAUCACAAACAUUUCAAAGAAUGGAUUUCCCUUAAGGUUUUAGCUUUUAUUGUUGUUUGCAUCCGGCUAGAGAAGUGCAAAUCUGUCGAAUUCGUUACGCGACUUUCGAAUUUUCCCCAAAGUACGCCGACGUAGUCACACCAGACUGUUGAUACAAAGGACAUGUAUUUAUAGAAAUAAAGGAGAAAAAACUCAACAAUCGUUGCUUUGUUAUUUUACAUACAUUUGUGAAACGCAUUCUUGGUUACUCGACGGCUAAAUUGCUCAUCAUGUAUAACUUUACCUCGACGACGUACUCUUCGGCAUCGCAAAAUUCGACGGAAAUCGCGAAAAUGAUUAGACAAGGCUUCCUCGGUGCCGAAACACCCACAUAUGAAGGGCAAAAAAUUGCAAAAAGAACAAAUGCGAACGCCUCUGUUAUACGUGAUGUUGACGACUGGAAAGUUACUUAUUACCGGAGAGCUGGGCAUAAGUCUCAAGGUUUCUUUUCAGCUCUCGCUCAACCGUAUGAAGAACUUGGAGAAACAGAACUGAAUACAAAGUCAUUGGUUGUUAACGCUAUGAAGGAUAUUGGUGGCAUUUUUGAGCCCGAGAAAAAACUUUUGUUCAGACCUCAGAAGAUGAAACCCGAUAACUUGCAAGAAAAGAACGAUUCGAAGAUCCCAAAAGUGAAGCACACGGAGAAGCAAAACGAUCAUGAAUCAAUUGACAGUGGAUUUGAGACAGUGAGGGAGCUUUUAAAUGAUGCUGAGGUAAAAAUAGCCUACCUAAAAGCUGGAAAGCCGCUGAUUGAUUGUCUUGGGGAUACCUCAAAGAUAGCCAUAGAAAGAAGACAAAGCAACGGAAAUCAGAAAAGAGGCAAAUUAAUAAUGGAGACACCAAAUCAUUUGAUUCAAAAGGACAGUAUCUCAGAAUCCGGCUCUAGAAGUAGAGGAGAGCCAGACAGCAAAGCAAGGAAGCAUUUUUUAGCAAAACUAAGGUGCUUGAAGACAAUUUUCUGCUGUGUUUUGAACAUGAAAAACAGAGACCUUCGAAAUAAGAACCCGCUGAUGAGAGAAACAUUGCAGUUUCUCAAACGAGAGGUUGGUAUUGAUCUACUGCAGCCUCAACCGGCGUCAAUCCGUAUGCCACGCCUGUCUGCCGUACCAGCAGUGAUUCUCCCCAACCAUCGUAGCCUAAAACUGCAGAAUGUGUCUUCAUGUGAAACUGGCUCGCUAGGCCCUCCAUCACUGGUGUUGGGAAGGGCGCCGACAGUUGUUCCUUCUACUGACGAUUGCGAAUCAUCGACAAGUAGAUACCGGCUAAGCACUGCAGACACUGGAAUAAAGACCGGACAACCUUUGACAAGAACCGGGAUAAAGAUUUCACCCUCAAAAUUAGCGGCAUUGAAUCAUGGCGUCCGAUCUGAGGGUUUGGACAGCGUACUCUCUCCACAAGCUGAACAAAUGAAAAUGAACGAAAGUCUCCCCACUGACCAGCUGAGCCUCGGCAAGGGUGGGAAGUUCAGCUCAUUCUUGGCAAGUUUUCGAACAGCUUUGAAGCCUCGAAGAGGCGCUAUUUACCAAAACAAGGGUAAUUACGACCUGCCUCUAUGGCAGAGAGUUAUUCAAGAAGAAGCCCGAAGAGAAGAAACAAAACACAGCCGUAAAGCAAAGGAAUUGAAGAAUAAACAGCCUGAAGAUGUGGAGAACAUACUGAAACAAACAAAAAAGGCCUUUGUCAGCAUGAAGAGCAGACACGCUAAAAAGCUGCAGAAAGAGUUGCACACAAGAGUUGGAUACUUAAGACAGCGAUUCAACUGCUUGGAGGUUUCAAUAUUUCAUGAAGAAGACUUGAAAAACAUGCGACUCAAAGUAAGGGAGUUGCAACGCCGCGAAAGUCUUGACAACGCAUGUCCGACGGGAUGGUACGAGCUAUUGUGCAAUGAACAAAGCUCUUUGAAGCUGGACAAUGACAACGAAGUUUCAUCAGAAGUGAAAAGUCUAUUGCAGUUUACUCGAAUGGAGGUUACAACUAUUGUACACCUCAGAGCAAAACUGUGUUUACUUGUCAUGUCUCUUCCUGUUUAUGAAUUGUGCAGAUUGUCAAUGCAAGAAGCUCUUAAGUUCUUUCUUUCAUCGAUAAUGGAAGUUUCAGAGCAUGCUCUCGAAGAUUGGAUGCUUAGCAGAAAAUUAAUUACAAGCAAUGUUUUGAUGGAGUAAGAACACAUUCGAAUAGUAACAUUGCUAUACUCAUUUUGGACUGUUAUUAAAGCAAAUAUAAUCAUCAAUCUACAGUGAAAUGUAAAAUUGUACGUAUUAAAUGAAAAUUACCAUUAUUGCAUAUUUGAGUAUAUCCAGCGAAUGAUACAUUACCAUUCGAAAUCAGAUUAAGCGCAUCUAUGAA